AUGGCUGAUUUUCGAGUUAUUGAUGCUGUGCAUUUCAUCUGGGCCAAAUCUGCUGUGCUGGCUCUCGACUCUCGUACAUUUGUUCAUGAACGUGUUUAUAAUGAGUUUGUGGAGAAAGCAAAGGCUAGUGCCUUGAGGCGUAUAGUUGGAGAUCCAUUCAAGAAAGGUGUUGAACAAGGCCCUCAUUUGUUGCCUAAUAAAACAUCGCAGAUCGAUUCUAAACAAUUUGAGAAGAUUCUUCAGUACGUAAGAUCUGGAAUUGAUGGUAAUGCUACCCUUGAGUGUGGAGGUGAAAGAGUUGGCUCCAAGGGCUAUUAUGUUCAACCAAAUGUUUUCUCCAAUGUUAAAGAUGAUAUGCUGAUAGCUAAGGAUGAAAUUUUUGGCCCAGUGCGGUCAAUCUUAAAAUUCAAGGACCUUGAUGAAGUGAUCAGAAGGGCAAAUGCAACAGAAUAUGGUCUGGCAGCAGGAGUUUUCGCAAAGAACAUCAACACAGCAAACACAUUAUCACGAGGAUUAAGGGCUGGAACAGUAUGGAUUAACUGCUAUAAUAUCUUUGAUGCUGCAAUUCCAUAUGGUGGCUAUAAGAUGAGCUGUCAUGGAAGAGAAAAAGGAAUUUAUAGCCUAAAGAACCAUUUGCAGGAGAAGGCCGUUGUUACUCCAUUGGAGAAUCCAGCUUGGUUGUAA